GCCCAAUAUCCAUGCCCUGGGGCCAGACAGGACAGAGAAUCGAGCCGGACUUCUGAUUCAGAUGGGCAAUAGUGCAGUUUUCCAAAGCUUGGUGUCAAAUGUGACACCCUAACGGGAUUGGAGAUCUAUCUGUGAGAGAGCCCCCCUCCCAUCAGAUUGGGGGGGAGGAGAGGAGGAGGGGCGGGAGGCUGAGCUCUGUAAAUCUCACCUUACUUUGCUACGACUUUCAAAUGUAAUUACCACACCGGGAUUAUCAAUAGACUGAUCAGGCGGUGCGCUCCCUGCCUGUGCGGCUCCCUGCCUGGCCUGACUACACGAGCCUGUCCCCAUCUCUACACACACCAUCUCUCCUCCAGCGGGGACACGCGUCCUCAUUGAAGGAUCGCUCCAGGCUCAUCUCCAGCAAUAGUUCCAUUUUAUUUUCAUAGUUGACUUUUCCUUUGGCUUGGACUCUCCCGAUCAAUGAAUGGAUCUUUUAUGAAGGCUGAGCUGUGGGGACCAGAAGUGAAGCUGAUCUGAGAAAUCCUCAUCGAGGUGUGAGUGUGCUGGGAUCCGAUCGAUCACAGAUUGUACAAAGGAGUCAUUGGGAUGCUGUGUGUAUGGGACCUUUGUUGGUUUCUUUCCCUAGUGUGAAUGGCCCCGUUAGUCUGAUGUAGUACGAUCCUCCCUUGUUUUUAUUAUUAUUUUGAUUCUUGCCAUCACCCCGAUCCUAGCUUCUCAGAUGUGCUGUCUGUCGGAUCAGGUCCUCCUGGCAGCCGGCCUAUGUAGUAGCAGAAAGUGGAAGUGGAUGAUCGAGCCGGAGAGCCCUGUGUGCAGGCGGCACUCAUAGACGAUCGAUCGAUCCAGUGUUAUGAUCCCAAGUGAAAAGCAUCGCUCCGAUCAUUAGACAGCGGCCGAUCCCACCUGGAAACUCCCCUCCCCCCUCGUUCUGCUCCAUGCACAGUGAUCGCCUAUCCGAUCUCAUGAGACAAGGACAAGGCUUCUAGUUUGGGGAUCCCCAGCCGGCGAUCGGUCUCCUCCUGUCACAGAUCUGCAGCUAAAGUAGUGACAUGAAAAUGCUCUCCUGGAUCCUCUUCCUGCUGACUGGCUGGACUUUGUGUGAAAAGUUAUCUCUGUGCCAUGGCCUGGGAUUCGAGGACGAUCCGCUCUAUUACGAUGAGGAGAAAGCCGAUUCCUUCGAAUACAGCGAUCCCUGCAAAGCACCUGUCUUUUGGGGAGACAUUGCCUUAGAUGAAGAAGACUUAAAAAUGUUCCAAAUAGACAGAACAAUUGACCUCACUCAGCACUCUAAUGAUAAGUUGGGACACACCACAGGUGGCCUUGAAGAGAAUGAUCUAUCAAAAAAAAGAGGAGCACUCUCUCAGCUUAUAGAAAGGAUAAGAAGAUUUGGCUCUGGUCAUGAGCGCACAAAUGCAACUAGUGAAAAGGUAAAUCUAAAAUCCUCAGGGAGAAAUGAGAAGAGGAGAAUUCCCAGAGCUGCUACAUCACGGUCUGAAAGAAUAUGGCCUGGGGGAGUUAUACCAUAUGUUAUUGGAGGCAACUUCACUGGCAGCCAGAGGGCUAUGUUCAAGCAGGCCAUGAGACACUGGGAGAAACAUACCUGUGUGACAUUUAUAGAGCGUGCUGAUGAGGAGAGCUACAUUGUGUUUACAUAUAGGCCUUGUGGGUGCUGCUCUUAUGUGGGACGAAGAGGAAAUGGCCCUCAGGCAAUAUCAAUAGGCAAAAACUGUGAUAAAUUUGGCAUUGUGGUCCAUGAGCUGGGUCAUGUCAUUGGCUUUUGGCAUGAGCACACUCGACCGGAUCGAGAUGAUCAUGUGGCAAUCAUCAGGGAAAAUAUACAACCGGGUCAAGAAUACAACUUUCUGAAAAUGGAGCCUGGUGAGGUGAACUCUCAGGGAGAGCCAUAUGACUUUGACAGCAUCAUGCACUAUGCAAGGAACACCUUCUCAAGGGGUAUGUUUCUGGAUACAAUUCUUCCAUCCCGCGAUGAAAAUGGUGUGAGGCCUCCUAUAGGUCAACGAACACGUCUCAGUAAAGGAGAUGUUGCACAGGCAAGGAAGCUGUAUAGAUGUCCAGCUUGUGGAGAAACAUUACAAGAUUCCACAGGCAACUUCUCAUCUCCUGGAUUUCCAAAUGGUUAUCCUUCAUACACACACUGCAUAUGGAGAAUUUCCGUCACCCCAGGAGAGAAGAUUGUCCUGAAUUUUACAACUAUGGACCUUUAUAAGAGCAGUCUCUGUUGGUAUGACUAUAUUGAAGUUCGAGACGGUUACUGGAGAAAAUCCCCUCUGCUAGGCAGGUUUUGUGGUGAUAAACUGCCAGAGGUCCUGACAACAACAGACAGCAGAAUGUGGAUAGAGUUUCGAAGCAGCAGUAACUGGGUUGGAAAAGGAUUUGCUGCAGUUUAUGAAGCUAUUUGUGGAGGAGAAAUUCACAAAGAUUCUGGCCAGAUUCAGUCCCCCAAUUAUCCAGAUGACUAUAGGCCAUCCAAGGAAUGUAUAUGGAAAAUAACAGUAGCUGAAAAUUACAAUGUUGGAUUAACCUUCCAGGCAUUUGAGAUAGAGCGUCAUGACACCUGUGCUUAUGAUUACCUGGAAGUACGAGAUGGUAAUAGUGAGAACAGCCCCCUUAUUGGACAUUUCUGUGGCUAUGAUAAACCAGAUGAUAUCAGAUCUACCUCUAAUACCCUGUGGAUGAAGUUUGUCUCAGAUGCAACUGUAAACAAAGCUGGGUUUGCUGCUAAUUUCCUAAAAGAGGAAGAUGAAUGUGCCAAACCAGACAAUGGGGGCUGCGAACAGCGCUGUAUUAACACUCUUGGAAGUUAUAAAUGUUCCUGUGAUCCUGGCUAUGAGCUUGGUCCUGACAAGAAGAGCUGUGAAGCUGCAUGUGGAGGGCUGUUAACCAAGCUGAAUGGAACAAUAACCACUCCAGCCUGGCCCAAAGAAUAUCCACCAAACAAGAACUGUGUCUGGCAAGUUGUUGCUCCUUCUCAGUACAGGAUAUCAGUGAAGUUUGAAUACUUUGAAUUAGAGGGUAAUGAAGUCUGCAAGUAUGAUUUUGUGGAGAUAAGAAGUGGGUUAUCUUCAGAUUCCAAGUUACAUGGAAAAUUCUGUGGAACAGAAGUGCCUGAAGUCAUUACUUCACAAUACAAUAAUAUGAGAAUUGAAUUCCGGUCUGACAAUACGGUUUCAAAAAAGGGCUUCCGUGCACUCUUCUUUUCAGACAAGAAAGCUGCCUGCAAAGAGAAAAUUUUUAUUUUUGAAUCUUGCAAGGACUUGACAAAAAGUGUUCCGUCAGGUCGUGUACGUAUAUUUGACAGACUGGUGGCCUCUGAAAGGAUCAGAGACAAAGAUGAAUGUUCAAAAGAAAAUGGGGGUUGCCAACAUGAAUGCAUCAACACAAUUGGCAGCUAUGUUUGCCAAUGCCGCAAUGGAUUUGUACUCCACGAGAACAAACAUGAUUGUAAAGAAGCUGAAUGUGAACAUAGAAUUCAUAGCCCGAAUGGAGUGAUAACAAGCCCCAACUGGCCAGACAAGUAUCCAAGUCGUAAGGAAUGUACUUGGGAAAUAAGUUCCACUCCAGGUCAUAGGGUUAAGCUAGCAUUCAGUGAAUUUGAGAUUGAGCAGCAUCAGGAAUGUGCAUAUGACCACCUAGAGGUUUUUGAUGGUGAAACGGACAAGUCAUCUAUCCUGGGAAGAUUAUGCGGUAAUAAAAUUCCAGAGCCUUUAAUUGCUACGGGAAAUGAGAUGUUUCUACGUUUUGUGUCUGAUGCAUCAGUACAAAGGAAAGGAUUUCAAGCCACCCAUUCCACAGAGUGUGGCGGCAGACUGAAACCGGAUACAAAGCCCAGAGACCUGUUCUCUCACGCCCAGUUUGGUGACAACAACUACCCUGUCCAGGCAGAUUGCGAGUGGUUGUUGGUAUCUGAAAGAGGUCUUCGUGUUGAGCUAAGCUUUCCAACAUUUGAGGUGGAGGAGGAAGCAGACUGUGGCUAUGAUUACAUGGAGCUGUUCGAUGGCCAUGACACAUCAGCAAUAAGACUGGGUCGAUACUGUGGAUCAGGGCCUCCAGAAGAAAUUAUAUCCACUGGAGAUGCAAUACUAAUUCAUUUUCACACUGAUGAUACAAUCAGCAAGAAGGGAUUUCAUAUACGAUACAAAAGUGUAAAGUAUCAAGAUAUCCUUCACACCAAAUAACACAGGAAUUCACUGUAACCCAAUGGGGCAUAAUAGGAUCUAUGCGCGAACUUGAGAAGGAAAUAUUUUUUUUACUAACGUUAUUAGUGCAAAUGUUUUAUAUCGUAAAUAGAAAUGGAGCAUCAUUGCAAAGACUGCACUGAUCAUGUUUGGACCAUGUCAGCACCUAAAAGACAUUGACAAUUAAGCAGGGUGAUGACCUUUACUGACAUUGAACACAGGGUAUUGCAUGUUGCUAGGGAGGCUAUGGAGGGAAUUUACACCAAAAUGACCAUAAAAAACAUUGUGGGAUAUUUCUUUUUAUUGUAUUUUCCAGCAAAGUGUUAAAUAUAGUAAUGGAAAAAUGGUCAUUUUAAACUGGUGGCUAUGACCUACAAUAUGUUGAGCUAUUUUACAUUUUGACAGUCCACAGCAUCAAAAGUAAACACUUCAAUAUGUAAAAGAAAGGUCAUUACAAUAAUUUAUACUCUGUAGAAAUCGUUGUAGGUCAGUUUUGUGAAUUUCCCCUUAAGCGCUUUCAUACUUCACUUGACAUUUGUCAAUGUUUCUUGCAAAAUCAAUCUGCACCACUCGCUGAAAGUCAACCCAAGGACAGCUAUACCUUCUGACUAUUGCCUCAGAAGAAAAAAAAACAAGAUGAAAAAGGUCCUGCAGGCCAUAGACUUAUGUGUUCACAGAAUUUAUUAGACUUUUGUGCUUGACAGGCUGCUGCUUAUGCAAAUAAAAUGGCAUACGGAAUACAAAAUGAGAAGAUGUUUAAGAAGUUGAUCUGAAACCAAGUCAGGAUUCCCCCAUUUAUCCAGUAAAACAACAACGCCUAGGACCUGGGAACCUAAAGCCUCUUUGUUUCUGCACAGACGCCUGUUUUAUUUCCAAGAAACUGUUUUGUUCCAUCGUUGUAACCAUCAUUUAUAUGAAUGUAAAUUUCCCCCCCUCUCCACUACAUUCAUAACGUGAAUGCUGUUCUGAAAAGGAUGUUUUGAAUUUACUGGUCUACUAUGCCAUGCGUUGUAAUGCACUCUUCCUUUGCACCAGAUGUAUUCAGGGACCUGUUACUGGUUUGCAAAUCUAUCGUACUUCUCAGAUUCCUUAUCCUCCAAAGGAAAAAAAACUUAUUUAAACAGGAACAAUCAGCUGAAAUGCCGAAUGCAAAACCGUUUAGUUUCACCUUACAAUAUCAAUAUAUAUAUAUAUAUAUAUAAUGGCUACUACCGUAUAAAUUGAAAAGGCACACUGUCAUUUAAACUCUAUUUAAUGCAGAAGCAACUCAUAUUUGCUAAAAGGAGCCGUUUGACCCUAACGUUAUACAAAUUAUUCUGCUUAUAUAUGAAUUGUUAUUGGAUGAACUCUCUACAAUGGUGCUAUAUCCAUUAAGAAGCCACAAAAGACACUGAUGAAAAGAUAAAUGAGCCAGCCAAGGUGGAAAUAUGAAUGUUUCACUUGUCCAUCUGUAUCUUAUUGCUGAAGUCUAAGCACAUGUAUGACAAAAUCAUUUCUCUUCAGCUCUGUGUCCUGUUGAACAACAAAUGUUGCCUUAGAAUUCUUGCACAUGAUCACACAGAUCUUCUUGUAGAUACAUCUCUAAUUUGAUACGUCAGUUGACAACUUUAACAUUUUAAUUAUACGUUACAAAAGAUCUCUUAAGAACAUUGUAGUAGUCAUAGCAUAUACUGUACGUAUAAUGCUUUCUCUGUAGGUAUAUUGUGUAUUAUUUCUGAAUUGUGCUUGUAGACCCUGUACAGCGCUUGCAAUGAUAAUAUAUCUGCAAAUGCCAGUUUGUAUGAAUGUAAAUGUUCCCGAUGUAUAGAAAAUCUUGUAUGGUUGACCAGUUAAAUUGUUCAGUUAUGUGCCAAAUUCUUUGAAACUUUUUUUGACAGUAGCAACUUUUAUUUAAAGUUGUAAAAUUCAGUAAAAUAUGAGUUUAUUUAAAGAUAAUGGGAUUACAAUUGAAACUGAGUUUGUUUUAUUAAAUAGAAUUCUUGUUUUGAUAUCAUUUGAUGUAAGUGGCUAUAUAUAUUGGUAUCUAGCACCUGUCACCUAGAUACAUUUAAUUGCACAAUUAUUUUGAAUUAAAACAGCUAUCAUAUUUUCUUAA